CGUGGAGGCGUAACUCGACGCAAUCGGCCAAGCUCUUAAGAGGUUCCAGCGUGCAAGUGCCGUUGGCGUGAAAAUAGCCCAGUCUCUUAUCAGAUCUUAGACCUUGUCAGUGCAUCCAUCCACUCCUCUCCAGCAAUCACCUGCGACUCCAGACCGUACAAACGCAACUCCACAACCACCAACAGUUGCCUGUCGCUUCUUCUUUCCCAGAAGCUCACCUCAGACACCACCGCAAACAAAAUGUCUGUGCCUCUCGAGAACAAGGGCAGCCCUCCCGUGCCCGCGCCCCUGGCGUUUGCCUCGUGGCUGGCCACCAACCAGGAAAAGCUGCAGCCCCCCGUCAACAACUACUGCCUCUACUCUGGCGCCGACUUUGUCCUCAUGGUCGUCGGCGGCCCCAACGAGCGCAACGACUUUCACGUCAACGAGACGGAAGAAUGGUUCUACCAGCUCAAGGGCGCCAUGCUCCUGCGCAUCGCCGAGAACGGGCAGUUCCGCGACGUCCACAUCGCCGAGGGCGAGAUGUUCAUGCUGCCCGGCAACGUCCCGCACAACCCGAUCCGCUUCGCCGACACGACGGGCCUGGUCAUGGAGCGCACGCGGCCCGAGGGCGCCAUGGACCGCCUCCGGUGGUACUGCACAAAGGGCAACCACGACGAGAUCACCAUGAUCCGCGAGGAGGUGUUCCGCUGCGUGGACCUGGGCGUCCAGCUCAAGCCGCUGAUCCGGGAGUGGCAGAACAACGAGGAGCUGCGCAAGUGCCCCAAGUGCGGCGAGAUUGCUGAUGCAAUGUGAGAUUGGGGUUUGGGUAUUUUGGGGCAGUUGUGAAGAAAGGGGUUGUGUGUUGUCGUGACUUUCUUUGUUUAGCGUGGUUUCUUUCAGCAGGUCUGGUUCUUUCAUGUGUUCGCUAGCAUAAUACCACAUUCUUUGAACCGUGAA